AUGGACAUGGACUCCUUUAUCGUUCUCCUCUUCCUCUUUCUUGCGCGAGCGGAGGCGGCGAGCCACGGCGUUGGUAGAGAAGGCAAGGCUGGGGGAGCGGUGCUCCUUCCGCUCAGGCUGCAGGAGGUGGCGCCCCCGCCGCGAGCGCCGGCGAACCGGCUGCGGUUCCGCCACAAUGUGAGCCUCACGGUGUCGGUGGCUGUCGGCACGCCGCCGCAGAACGUCACGAUGGUGCUCGACACCGGCAGCGAGCUCUCCUGGCUGCUCUGCAACGGGAGCUCCGUGUCGCCGCCCGCGCCGUUCAACGCGUCCGCUUCUUUCACAUACGGCGCCGUCGAUUGCUCGUCGCCGGCGUGCGUGUGGCGCGGACGUGACCUGCCCGUCCGCCCGUUCUGUGACGCGCCGCCGUCCACCGCCUGCCGCGUCUCCAUCUCCUACGCAGACGCCUCCUCGGCCGACGGCCUCCUCGUUGCCGACACCUUCGUCCUCGGCGCGCAGGCCGUGCCCGCCCUGUUCGGCUGCAUCACCACCUAUUCCUCCAGCACGGCCGCCAACAACAACGCCACUGACCCGUCGGAGGCGGCGACCGGCCUACUCGGCAUGAACCGUGGCAGCCUCUCCUUCGUGACGCAGACGGCGACCCUCCGCUUCGCCUACUGUAUCGCCCCCGGCCAAGGACCCGGCAUCCUCCUCCUCGGCGGCGACGGCGGCGCGGCCCCGCCGCUGAACUACACGCCGCUGAUAGAGAUUUCCCAGCCGCUGCCGUACUUCGACCGGGUGGCCUACUCCGUGCAGCUGGAGGACAUCCGCGUGGGGCGCGCCCUGCUCGCCAUCCCCAAGUCCGUGCUCACGCCGGACCACACGGGCGCCGGGCAGACCAUGGUGGACUCCGGCACGCAGUUCACCUUCCUCCUGGCCGACGCCUACGCGGCGCUCAAGGGCGAGUUCCUGAACCAGACGCGGUCGCUGCUCGCCCCGCUCGGCGAGCCGGGCUUCGUGUUCCAGAGCGCGUUCGACGCGUGCUUCCGCGGCCCGGAGGAGCGAGUGUCGGCGGCAAGCCGGCUUCUCCCCGAGGUGGGCCUGGUGCUCCGCGGCGCGGAGGUGGCCGUGGCCGGGGAGAAGCUCCUGUACAGUGUACCCGGCGAGCGGCGCGGGGAGGAGGGGGAGGAGGCUGUGUGGUGCCUGACGUUCGGGAACUCGGACAUGGCCGGCAUGUCGGCGUACGUGAUCGGGCAUCACCACCAGCAGGACGUGUGGGUGGAGUACGACCUUCAGAACGGCCGAGUCGGCUUCGCGCCGGCGCGCUGUGAGCUCGCCACCCAGCGCCUCGGCGCCCAAGUGUAG